AUGCUUUCUCUUCGCACUCUUGCUGUCACUUUCUCGUUGGCCCUGUUGUCGGCCACUGCUAUGGCUCUCCCCGCCCCCGCGGCCCCCUGCCAUGGCGAGAGCGUCCAGGCGAUGGGUGAGACUCGUGAGCAGGCUGCCGGUCUUGCCCGCAACCUCGUCAAGAACACUGGCGUCGGUACCCUCAUGAGCAUCAUGAACUCUAGCCAAAAGUCUGCCGUCGAAGGAUACCCAUUCGGAAGCAUGGACUAUUAUGUCGAUGACUGCCAGGAUGGAGGCAAGCCCUUGAUGCUCCUCUCUCACCUCCAGAUCAACGUCCAGAACGCCAGAUCCUCGAACCAUAUCUCCCUCGCCAUUCGCAAGCUCCCAGGUCCUGGUGAACGUGGUAACCCUAUGGUUGAUCCCCGUGUGACUCUGAUGGGUCGUCUUGUUCCCGUCGAGGAGGCCAAGCAAAAGAAGGCAGAGGAGUGCUUUGUAGCAAAGCACCCAGAGGCCAAGUGGUGGUUGCCCGGCGCAGGAUUCCACGACUUCAAGUGGUACAACUUCGACAUUGAGGAGAUCUACUACAUUGGUGGAUUCGGUGGUAUCCACUACAUUGGCUGGAUCCCUGUUGACACUUAUUACAAUGCUGAUUUGAGCAACAGUGUCAAGAGUGCAAGGGAGACGGUUGAGGAAGAGUCCGAGUCUUUGGGGUUGAUGUUCCGUCAGCAGACCAUGUUCGCAUAA